AUGGAGCCGGGCAAUUAUGCCACCUUGGACGGGGCCAAGGAUAUCGAAGGCUUGCUGGGAGCCGGAGGGGGUCGGAAUCUAGUCGCCCACUCCUCCCCACUGGCUAGCCACCCCGCAGCUCCGACGCUGAUGCCCACUGUCAACUAUGGCACCUUGGAUCUGCCAGGCUCUGCAGAACCACCAAAGCAGUGCCACCCUUGUCCUGGGGUGCCCCAGGGGGCAUCUCCAGCUCCUGUGCCUUAUGGCUACUUUGGAGGCGGGUACUACUCUUGCCGAGUGUCCAGGAGCUCACUGAAACCCUGUGCCCAGACGGCCACCCUGGCUUCCUACCCUUCCGAAACUCCUGCACCUGGGGAGGAGUAUCCCAGCCGUCCCACCGAGUUUGCCUUCUAUCCGGGCUACCCGGGACCUUACCAGCCAAUGGCCAGUUACCUGGAUGUGAGUGUGGUGCAGACCCUGGGAGCCCCGGGGGAGCCUCGCCACGACCCUCUGCUUCCUGUGGACAGUUACCAGCCUUGGGCCCUGGCCGGUGGCUGGAACAGCCAGAUGUGUUGCCAAGGUGAACAGAACCCACCAGGUCCAUUCUGGAAAGCGGCAUUUGCAGAGCCCAGCGUCCAGCACCCUCCUCCCGACGGCUGUGCCUUCCGCCGGGGUCGCAAAAAACGCAUUCCCUAUAGCAAGGGACAGUUGCGGGAGCUGGAGCGGGAGUAUGCGGCCAACAAGUUUAUCACCAAGGACAAGAGGCGUAAGAUCUCGGCAGCCACCAGCCUCUCCGAACGCCAGAUUACCAUCUGGUUUCAGAACCGCCGGGUCAAGGAAAAGAAGGUUCUUGCCAAGGUCAAGACCAGCACUACCCCGUGA